UUUCUUAUGUUAUGAAGGUUUGUUUAUGUUGUGGUAUGUGGAAAUGAGUAGAAAUUAUGGAAAUAAGGAAGUUUGCAAAGUGGGUAUGUAUAUAUAUAUGUAGCCAUGAGUGUAUAUAUGUUGUAUACAUAUAUGAGUUGAAUUUUAUGUUGUAUUCUAGUUGUGGUUAUGGUGAAAAUUAUAUUGGGAAUGAAAGUUGAAUGAAUUUUGGUUGAAGUUGGAAUGUAGAAGAUUAUGUCACUUUAGAAUGAUUUUGUGAUAUUAUGGAAAUGAAGUUGUUAAGAUGUGAAUUAUGAUUAUGGUUGAUGAAAUUGGAAGAUGGAAAUAUGUUAUGAAUAUGUAGGUUGAAGAUUUGAAGUUUUGGGUGAAUUAUGUUUUGGUGGAAAGUUUGUAUAUUUUGUAUAUCUUGUGAAUAUUUCGUAGAAAUGAUAUGCAAUAUUUCCAAAUUAUAUUGUGAUGAUCUAGAUUAAUGAUGAAUGUGAAACCAUUGAGAUUAGUUUGGAAAUUGAAGUUGAAAUGAAGGUUAUGACAUUAUGUUGGAAAGAUAGCUAGUUAAGUUAUAUUGUGUUUAUAGUGAUUGUUGUUGUUGUUGAUGUUGUUGUUGGGUUGUUGUUGAUUGUUUUGGCCGAGUUAAAUUCUCGGGGAUGCUAUAUGUAUAGGGGAGAUGCUGCCCAAAUUUCUGUAGGCAAUUAUGAAUAAAGAUUGAAUACUUAAAGAUUGGAAAUUGAGAAUUGGUAAAUGUGACCAAUUGCAGAUUUUGGGCGAAACGGGAAUUGAAUUUGGAAAGGCGUAAAGAGCAUAUAAGGUAUGUAAAGCUAUCCCGAUUCUUCUCUUGGCAUGUCCUAGAUGUACUAGGCUUGGAUUUACGCCUCGGGGAAUAUUCUGUCCAUCGGAAUCCGCGUUUGAAAUCGUCGCUUUUUCAUUCAAUAGAAUUGAAUUCCUUAAGUAUGCUUUGAUGAACAAUUAUGAAAAUUUUUCCCAAAUUGCUUACGAAGUUAUGGAAUGUCCUAGAACCUUUGUAGGUGACCCCAUAAGCUUAAAAAUACGUAAUUUGAGCCCACCGCUUCAUUGGUCCCGAGGUGGACCCAUUAUUUCCAAUUUUACCCUUUAUGUGUCUAUGACUUGUCUUCGAGCGUUUUCGUUAGAGAUACUCUAACUACUCCUUUAUCUACUAAAUAAAAACUAUUUUAAAUAUUUCAUUAAGUCUUAUAAAUUGUUUUGAAUCUUGAAAACGAUCUCGGAUAGAUUAUGCCUCCGUAACCCGUUAUAACAUCUAAAUUUACUUACUAUGUUUCCGUCCGAUUUCAUUGAUUUGAUUUGACAUUCGAUAUGCCUCAUUGAGUCUCUGGAAAUAUAUAUAUGGUAUUUUUAGUGCAUUUAGUUUCUCACUACUCCGUUCGUGGAUGCCUCAAUGUUUCCCCCACUGAGCCCGGGCCAGGAUAUGUUGUCAAGCGUGAUCCUUUGCAUUGUUCGCCGUGCCUCGAUGUGAGGGGGCAGGUAUACGCGUACAUGGGUUUGUGGAGUAUGCUGUGCCAUGUACGCUUGUUCUGAUAUGAUUUGCUAUGGCCAUCUGAUAUGACAUAUUAUGUUACAGGGUUAUGCCCCUGUUCUGAUUCUUCUGUGUUGUGGCACCAGCGUCGGGAGGGUGGCCACGUUCUGUCUGCCGAGUCCCUUGGCAGGGGCCGGAUUUGAUGUGACAUAUGUUUCUGUACACACUCUGCAUGUUUUGAAAAUAUGUAUCUGAUACUUUGGGUUUUCUAUUUACUUUCUGUACGUUCUGUACCAGUUAUGAUUUUGUUUCUGUAAUUCAGGCUUUGCAUAUUCAGUACAUAUUUCGUACUGACCCCCUUUCUUCGGGGGCUGCGUUUUCAUGCCGCGCAGGUACCGACGACAGGUUUGCUGAUCCGUCCGCUUAGGAUCUUAUUCUGCUAUUUUGGAGCGCUCCUUUAUCCGGAGCCUAUAUUUUGUGAUGCCUCCGAAAAAGGCGACGGCUGCCCAGAAGAAGAAGGGCGUGGUAGGAGAGACCAGCCGGGCUCAGAAGGGUACUCGGACCCUUGCUCAGAUGAUGCGUGAUAUUGCGUCCCGGCCAGCAGACUCUGCUACGUCUUCAUCAUCAGAGGAGUCUGGGGCAGCUCCACCAGUAGCUCCAGAGGUUCCAGUACCUGAGCCUCCAGCUCCACAGCCAGGGGCUGAGGAUCGGGCUAUGAGAGAUGCGGUCCAGUUGUUGACCAGACUGGUAGCAGGGCAGGUUCAUAGGCACGGACUUGGGGAUGGUCGUGCAGACAGACGUGACAGUUCGAGAGCUCGUGAGUUCCUGACCUGUAAUCCUCCAGAGUUCUUCGGGACAAAGCCCGAGGAGGAUCCUGAGGAGUUUAUCAGGAAGAUGCGGCGCACGUUACAUUUGAUUAAGGCAUCUGUGACAGAGUCAGUCGAGUUGGCUUCGUACCGGUUGUAUGAUGUAGCAGCAAAUUGGUACGAGUCUUGGGAGUUAGCCAGAGGCGUUGGUGCUCCCCCAGCAGUCUGGGAUGAGUUUUCUGAGGCUUUUCUUAGCCAUUUUCUGCCUCCGGAGUUACGGCGGGCCAGGGCUGACAGAUUCUUAUUGCUGAGACAGAGGGGCUGCAGUGUUCGAGAGUACAGUAUGGAGUUCGACUCAUUGGCCCGAUAUGCACCUGCUGUGGUAGCUACUAUGGCUGACAGGAUGCACAGGUAUAUUAUGGGGCUGGACCGUUAUUUUGUCGACAGUUGCUUGGUAUUGGCCGCUCAGCCCGAUAUGGAUAUUGCCCGGAUUCAGGCGCACGCUCAGGGCAUGGAGGACCGGCACAGGGGUCAUCAGCCCGAUAGGAGUCAGGAUCGGAGACAGCCCAAGAGGGCCAGAUCAUCUAGGUAUUUUGAGGAAUUUCGGAGUGGGCAGCCUCAGCAGCAGCAGCAGUCUAGCAGGCAUUCUUCCCAGCCGGCACAGAGCACACCUCCGCAGUUCUCAGGCAGGAGAUUUGAUAGCCCAGGGUAUUUAGGAGCAGGCCAGAGCUCCGGGGUUUCAGGUUCGCGGGUAGACAGGAGUUCCGGUCAGACGAGGCCACCCAGGCCUCAGUGUUCUUAUUGUGGGAGAUACCACCCUGGAGAGUGCUACCGUGCUACAGGUGCUUGUUAUUCUUGUGGCCGUCAGGGCCAUACUGUGAGAGAGUGUCCGUAUAAGGGUAAUUUGGGAGGUGCAGCGCAGCCUACCGGAUCAGUCGCUGGGUCAUCGUCUCCUUCGAUAGCCAUGCGCCCUGCGGGGCAGGGUACGUCGACAUCAGCAGGCCGCGGCAGAGGUAGUGGCGGGGCUCCCAGUUCAAGCGGUCCUUCGAACCGCAUCUAUGCCUUGACUAGUCGACAGGACCCGGAGGCGCUACCAAACGCGGAUACAGGAGCACUUAUUUCUUCAAGUUGACAACUUGUUCAAGUGAAGGAGUUGUAGAAAAAGAUUUUGGGCGAAACGGGAAUUGAAUUUGGAAAGGCGUAAAGAGCAUAUAAGGUAUGUAAAGCUAUCCCGAUUCUUCUCUUGGCAUGUCCUAGAUGUACUAGGCUUGGAUUUACGCCUCGGGGAAUAUUCUGUCCAUCGGAAUCCGCGUUUGAAAUCGUCGCUUUUUCAUUCAAUAGAAUUGAAUUCCUUAAGUAUGCUUUGAUGAACAAUUAUGAAAAUUUUUCCCAAAUUGCUUACGAAGUUAUGGAAUGUCCUAGAACCUUUGUAGGUGACCCCAUAAGCUUAAAAAUACGUAAUUUGAGCCCACCGCUUCAUUGGUCCCGAGGUGGACCCAUUAUUUCCAAUUUUACCCUUUAUGUGUCUAUGACUUGUCUUCGAGCGUUUUCGUUAGAGAUACUCUAACUACUCCUUUAUCUACUAAAUAAAAACUAUUUUAAAUAUUUCAUUAAGUCUUAUAAAUUGUUUUGAAUCUUGAAAACGAUCUCGGAUAGAUUAUGCCUCCGUAACCCGUUAUAACAUCUAAAUUUACUUACUAUGUUUCCGUCCGAUUUCAUUGAUUUGAUUUGACAUUCGAUAUGCCUCAUUGAGUCUCUGGAAAUAUAUAUAUGGUAUUUUUAGUGCAUUUAGUUUCUCACUACUCCGUUCGUGGAUGCCUCAAUGUUUCCCCCACUGAGCCCGGGCCAGGAUAUGUUGUCAAGCGUGAUCCUUUGCAUUGUUCGCCGUGCCUCGAUGUGAGGGGGCAGGUAUACGCGUACAUGGGUUUGUGGAGUAUGCUGUGCCAUGUACGCUUGUUCUGAUAUGAUUUGCUAUGGCCAUCUGAUAUGACAUAUUAUGUUACAGGGUUAUGCCCCUGUUCUGAUUCUUCUGUGUUGUGGCACCAGCGUCGGGAGGGUGGCCACGUUCUGUCUGCCGAGUCCCUUGGCAGGGGCCGGAUUUGAUGUGACAUAUGUUUCUGUACACACUCUGCAUGUUUUGAAAAUAUGUAUCUGAUACUUUGGGUUUUCUAUUUACUUUCUGUACGUUCUGUACCAGUUAUGAUUUUGUUUCUGUAAUUCAGGCUUUGCAUAUUCAGUACAUAUUUCGUACUGACCCCCUUUCUUCGGGGGCUGCGUUUUCAUGC